AUGUUCGCUCGUCAUAUGUUCAGAACCUGCAGACCCGCCGGUCAGGCGGUCCGCAAAUUCGCUUCCGAAACCCCCUCAAAGUCCUCAAAUGCGCCGCUCUAUGGAGGCCUUGCUGUCGCAGCCGCGGGCGGGUACUAUUUCUGGCAGCGCCAGCAGCUUCCCGAUGGUAAAUUGUUGGGCAUUGCGCAUAAAGAGCGCGAGAAGGUUUUUGUUGGCGGUGAGCAAGGAUGGGUUGACCUGAAGCUCGUCGAUGUUCAGAUGUUAAGCCACAACGUCAAGAAAUUCCGCUUUGAAUUCCCGGACUCUGAGAGCGUGUCGGGCUUACACAUUGCAUCUGCCCUCUUGACUAAAUACAAAGGACCCACGGAUGAAAAAGCAACUAUACGCCCCUAUACUCCAGUUAGCGACGAGGAGCAACCUGGAUAUCUCGACCUUGUCGUUAAGCAGUACCCCAAUGGCCCCAUGUCCACCCACCUACAUAACAUGGCCGUUGGACAACAGUUGGCGUUCAAAGGACCCAUUCCCAAGUAUGCCUGGGAGCAAAACAAGCAUGACCACAUUUGCAUGGUCGCUGGCGGCACUGGCAUCACUCCCAUGUACCAACUCAUCCGCAAAAUAUUCAGUGAUCCUAACGACAAGACUAAAGUAACUCUUGUAUUUGGAAAUAUCAGCGAGGAGGAUAUUCUUCUGAAGAAGGAGCUUGACGUAUUGGAAAACACUUACCCUCGACGAUUCCGUGCAUUCUAUCUUCUCGACAAGCCCCCUGCCGACUGGACGCAGGGUACGGGUUAUGUUACCAAGGAGCUGUUGAAGACAGUGUUCCCCGAACCCAAGAGUGAGAACAUCAAAAUCUUCGUUUGUGGGCCUCCGGGUAUGUACAAGGCUGUCAGCGGACCGAAAAUUAGUCCCAAGGAUCAAGGCGAGCUCACUGGAAUUCUAAAAGAGCUAGGAUAUAGCAAAGAUCAGGUGUAUAAGUUCUAA